AUGAACAAAUUAAAGGGUUUAGAUUUAAUAAAAGAACUUGAGGGUUUAAAAAUAAAUUUUGUGAAAGUUGAAGGACUGGUUUAUAAUUUUGUUUUCUUUCCCGAAAAAAAGGAAAGAGCUAAAUAAGAAGGAAGGAGAGUGGAGACCAGGUCUCGUAGUUGUGGUUUGGUUUUGCAUUGCACGUUUCUUCUUCUUUCUUCGCUCCUCACUUUCUUCUUCUUCCUCCGCUUCUCCUCUAUUUUCUCUCUUUCUCUUUCUCUUUCUUUUCUCUCCCAAAAGUCUCUCUUUCUCUCCCUUAAUAACGUCGCGUCUUUCUCCAUUUCAACCAUCACACAACUCUUCUUCUUCUUCCUCCUCUCUCUCAAUUCGUUUCUCGAAAAUUCUCAGUAAUCUGCAGCUAACUUGAUGAUUGCUGGCUACUGAAUCUUGAGUUUGUUUCUGGAGUUUUGUCUCAAUAAUACC